AGGUGGGGCGGAAGGGUUUACAAUUUGGGUCUAUAAAUAAAAAUGUCCUUUUGGAUGUUACGGUGGUAUCGCGUAAACAUUUAGUUGGGCAAUAAAAGGUAACAUUUAUUGUUCUGGCUAAGGGCACUCUUUUUACGCUUACGUGCUCCGUCACCCCGUCAAGGAAGUAUCUCUGCUACGAGUCAUGCAAUGAGAAACACAUAGGCCACGGAGCUGGGGAGAGGAAAGUUCACUUUUCAAUUGGUUUCUCGCCCCUGGGCCUGUGCACUCACACUGCCCCAACCGGCUUGGCAAAACCCGACUAUAUCAGGACUUCUUGGCUGACAACCCGAUCAUUAUAAGAAUGAGCUCUGCGGUGCUCCGCACGUCCAAACCCGCCCUUGGUUUCGCCUCGCUCGUCAGACUUGCCGGGCAGUCGAACGGGUCCCAAGCCGGUCUGACUCGCACUCUCCUCGGCUCACUGAGCUCCUGUCACCCGCUGCACCGCAGGAGCUGGAGACACUACAGUGUGAGGAUGGAUCAGAGGACCGGGCUCCUGUUCAGACAGCUGUUCGAGUCGCAGAGCAGCACGUACACCUACCUGCUGGCUGACGCCCAGACCAGGGAGGCGGUUCUGAUCGACCCAGUUUUGGAGACAGUGGAACGGGACGCUCGGCUGGUGGAAGAUCUGGGGCUCAACCUCACAAUUGCGGUCAACACCCACUGUCACGCGGACCACAUCACAGGCACGGGACUGCUGAAGAAAAGACUGCCGGGCUGUCACAGCGCCAUCUCCAAGGACAGCGGGGCCACCGCCGACAUCCACCUCAAGGAGGGAGACAGAGUUACCUUCGGCAAAUAUUCCCUGGAGGCUCGAGCCACUCCUGGACACACAGACGGCUGUAUGACCUUCGUCCUCAAUGACCAGAGCAUGGCCUUCACUGGCGACGCACUGCUGAUCAGGGGCUGCGGACGCACUGACUUCCAACAAGGCUGCGCUUCAGCCCUGUACGAGUCUGUGCACAAGAAGAUCUUCACCCUGCCUGGAGAGUGCCUGGUGUACCCUGCUCACGACUACACGGGUCAGUCAGUCUCCACGGUGGAUGAGGAGCGCCGUCUCAACCCCCGUCUGACCAAGAGCUUGGAGGAGUUUGUGAAGAUCAUGAAUAACCUCAACCUUCCCAAGCCUAAACAGAUUGAUGUUGCUGUGCCUGCCAACCUUGUCUGUGGGAUCCAGAACGUGUGAAGAUGGCAAAGAAGUGGAUUAUAACCUUCUGUCUGUUUUUAUGAUCAUUAUUGUGCUGAUUGUGACUUUUUAAUUUGAAAUGUAUGCCACCUUGUUCAACUGACAUCGUUUUUCGGACUAAUUCCAAAAUUGUUCUGUGAAUGUGCACGUUCCAUGUUCACUGUGCAGGCAUAGGCUGGGUUGAAAAGGAGAAGCUGAAUUCCCAGAUCAGAAUUUUGCGAGAACUUUAUCUGCAGUAGCGAUAGAAUUUAGCCUGAACCAUGGGAAAUAAGGCUAGUUGGGUGAGAAAAGGUGAAUAUGAUUUUGGCACUUGGGAGAAAGAAAGCACUUUUAUUGCUCUGGCUGUACACUGCAGAGGGCAGCAAGAUGGCCUGAUGUUUGAGUUGCUGCUUCACAAUUUGAUUCCAGCUUGGGGAUACCUUCUGUGUGGAGUUUUCACGUUCUCCUGUACUAUGUUGGCUUUCACUGGGUGAUCUGGUUUUCCCCCAUAGUCCAAAUUCUGAGAAUGUUCUCAGAAUGGGUGCUGUGCCACACAUUAACACCCUUAUGGUAAAUGUACCAUAAAGGAUGUCUGCCGUAAAAUGUAACACUCAUUCUUCCUACAUCAACUUCUCUCUGUCCUUUCUUUUUGAAAACAGCUUAAAAAAAAAACUCCUGCUGGAGUGCCCAUAUCAGACAGUACAUCCUCCUAAAAAAGAAGUCUGUAAUCAGAAAGAAAAUGGAUAAGAAUGUCAUGCACGGGUUUUUUAAGAAAUUAAAUAACAAGAAUAAUAAAACAGAGCGUUUGUCCCUGGUCGCUGAACAUAAAUGGUGUUUCUUCAGACCAAUUGGUCUGUUUCUGGAAUCCAUCAAGAAACAGCUCAUCGAAAGUCAGCGAGCAACCAGACAAACAAAUUUUGUUUCUAACCUCUCAUAAGCGCUUGAAAAUCUUCUGGGAAAAAGAACCUCUUCCUGAACAUAGCUGGUUACUUUAAAGAUCAGGGAUAUCUGCUGAUGUUGUUGCUCUUGAGGACUGGAAUUUAUGUGGCAGAUCAGCAGUGCUAGUCUGUUGAGUUUCAAGCCUGUUCCUUCCACUGAAACCAAAUGAGACAGUCCCAGGAAAGAGGUGGAUUUGGAAUGAUCAGUUAGGGAACAGUCUGGAGCUGCCCCGUGCAAUAGGCAUCGAUCUGUGGGAAGGCAUCCAAUAGAGUUUUUAAGGAAUGGAGUGUUUUCUGGAUUUGGCUGCCGUGGUCAGCAUAAACUGUUCUUUGGUGGGUAGCUGCGUCAGCAUGCGUAGGCUGCAAAGGAACAAGUAAUAGAUUUAUUCCU